GCUUCCAUCCUCCACCUCUUUGUAGUAAAUACUCUGUUAUUCCAGAAAUUAAUUUAAUUCCUAGUAGUGCACAACAUCUUAUGCAUUGGCUUGCCUCUAUGUGAUUCUCAAUCCAUCGUUAUUUUUCGUGUGGUUGCGACGAGAGCUUGCUUGCCUUGGCGGCAAUGACGUUGGUUUAAUGGCUGCUUUCGACACCCCUUGGAUGAUGUCUUCCACUCCAAGCUCAUCACGAAAAGACGAAGAUGGAGGUCCGUCAAUCAACAAUGAUCCGAAUCUGGGGACGGUCGCCUCAUUCUCGCCGGUGACGCUCUCGCACGCUACCUCCGCGAACAAGCAACGCUCCACGAUCCUAGUACAUCAGAAGUCUCCAUUAUUAAUAGCGACACCUCCGCAGAUCACUCGAGCUUUGGCAUAUUCACAUCCGUUCCUCCUACCUCUCAACAAGUUUGCGGGGUUGCUGACAUGGACAAGCGGUGAUCCGUGGGAAAGCUUCUUACUGGUAGCUGGGUUCUGGGGAGUAGUGUCAUAUGGAGAUGUAGUAAUGCGGUACGCAGGUCCGUUGGUGGUAGUUAUGGGGUUGAUACUGGGGAUGUACUCGAGGAGAUACUCACCGCUUUCGUCGACCGGAUGGACUGGUGAGAAGCUGAAUCCAGCCCAGAAGAAAGGACACAAGAGAAUGGAAUCUGAGGCUACAAGCUUGAAACACCAGAAGACGCUGGAUGAGAUAGUGGAGACUUUGAAGGAAUUUACAUCACGAUGUAACUUACUCCUAGAUCCUCUUCUCGAACUCACCGACUUCCUCUCUACUCAAAGGACAGCCACAUCCGCAACCACCAGACCGGCUCUUACUACCCUCCUUAUACGGAUACUACUUGUAACCCCAGUAUGGAUUCUCUUCACCUUCCGACCGAUACAAGUCAUCACUACCAAACGCAUUGCUCUUUUUGCAGGGACAAUGUUCUUAACAUGGCACUCCCGGCCCCAUAGGAUAUCGAGGACCAUAUUAUGGCGAUCUGCAACUGUCCGACGAGUGUGCCAUCUGGUAACAGGUCUUCACUUCGCCGAGUUGCCCGCCACACAACCCGCAAAUGAGGAGAAGCCGGACCUCCCGCCCAGACCAAAAUCCGAUCAGCAGGAGAAGGCUACAUUAGCUGCUACGGCAGCGGCAAAGAGAAGACCGGAUGCUCCUGGAGUCCGCUUUACAUUCAUUCUUUACGAGAACCAGCGGAGGUGGGUCGGACUUGGAUGGACCACGUCGUUAUUCGCGUACGAGAGAGCAGCAUGGACAGAUGAGCAUUUGAACCCUGCACCUACGAAAGAAGAAUUUGAACUUCCAGAUGUGGAAGAGGGGAAUGCAAGGUGGAGGUGGGUCGAUGGAAGUCAAUGGUUAGUUGAGGGUGCUGGUGAGAGUGAUGAAGGAGGCGUCAAAGCCAAGGCUGAUGCUACUGAUGGAGGCCAGGGAUGGAUCUACUACGACAAUAAGUGGCAAAAUGGUCGCCGUGGUGUAGACGGCUGGGGACGUUACACCCGGCGUCGGAAAUGGUACCGAGAUGCUGAACUAGUUGAAGUUUCUCCCUCCACAGAAGUCACUCCUCCACCUACACCUAUUCCAACGACCUCAGUACCGGUCAGCCCAGACGCAAAUCGUACACCAGUACCUUCGAAACACCAAGCCUCCACAUCUGUCUCCUCUCUCACUGAACCACUCCCUCCACCAAACUUCAACGACACUGCAAGUGUCAGCUCGAAAGACAAGGAUAGUCACAGCCUUCGAAGUCUCACAAUUCUAGAAGAAAAGGAUAACCAGAGCGUCAAAAGUGAUAAAGACAGCAUGAAAAGCUUCAAGAGCACGCCUAGGCAAAGAAGACCUAGUGUACUAAAACGAAGAGGAACUGGUGCGAGUCAGAAUAGUAGGAUGAGCCUUUAUUCCAAUAGAGGGAGUGACGAUGAUAUGUCGAUAGCUUCGAGGCCCAAGGUUGAAGACUGGGGGAUUGGCGAUGAUAUCAGGAUGGGACUUGAGUGAAGACGCUUCUUUGUCUUCACUUGAAUUGGAGGAGAGGUUGAGGGGCGCCAAUAUGGGAAAGGAAUAUGGGUUGGGUAUGACGGUGUACGAUUUUGAGAUCAUGAGACUGGCAUCAGGAGUGAAUAGGGGUGUGAUUGGUGUUCUGGAGCGGCAUUUUCUGAGCGUAUACCAAACAUAACAAUGAUGGCUUUUUGCACCUACAAGCAUCCACUCUACCUAAAUGUCCUAUCAAGUCAAAAUGUAUGAGUAGUUUUCAAUAUUCC